UGUUAGUCCCGCCCAUUCAGAGCUCGACAGCCUCCAUGGCAACGGGAAUGUUUGAGGUCGUGUUCCUUCCGCUCAUCAACGAAAACGGCAGGUGUGCGGCAUUAAACAUAAAUGCCUCUGGUGCGAAAAAUAGAUGGACUGUGGCUGCUUUGUCUGAACAACUAAUUCAAGAAAUUGUCUAAAGGUUAAAAUCGUGUAAUUUCUCUCAUGAGGAGCCAGAGCUGACCUUUUUUGCCAGAAUGGAGGUCGCCCCCGCUGCCCCUCAGACACUGUGGAAGCCCCUCAGGAGGGGGACCCCUUUGCCGCUGGGCCAGCUGGUGGAGCAGAGCAGGAGCAGAGCCAAUACUCCUAAUCGUCUGCUGGAAUCAAAAAUCUUUUCCAAACUAAAAAGCAACAGCCUGAUCGAAGCAGAGCCACCAGAGCUUCACUUCAGCGGGUUUAAGCUGGGGAAGGAUUACACAAAGAUCCUGAAACUAAUCAACAUCUCAUCUGAAGUCAUGAAUAUUCACAUCAUCCCCACUCAAACCAAGCAUUUCCAAACAGCUUAUACAAAGAAGUAUCGACUCAUCCCCGGCCUCGCCUACACACUGACGGUCAGGCUCUGCCCCGACGAGUGGCGUUACUUCUACGACUGCAUUCGGGUUCACUGCAAGGGGGAAGAGAACCUGCUGAUUCCAGUUCACGCUUACCCUGUCAUCGAUGACCUGCAUAUCCCUGCUCAUAUUGACCUAUCGGCCGUACCACUUGGACAAAGGUGUGUGGGUAGUGUUCGACGUGCUAUUCCCUUGCGAUGCAGCUGCCCCGUUGACUUUGAGUUCCAGGUGUACGUUAUUGAGCCCCACGAGUCCUUCUCCAUCCAUCCCCUUACUGGUGUUAUACCAGCCAACGGUGAAGAGAAGAUCCUGGUGACCUUCACUCCUCUCCAGUAUGAGACUUGUCAGGUCACCAUCCAGCUGAUCAUCCUACAGUUCAACUCCAAACCUUACCUCUGUACCAUCGCCGGGAGCUCCGCCCCUCACCUGACCCUCAGUGAGCUGGAGAGUAAGACGGGGCAUGGAGAUGCAAGGCCGGUAGAAUCCAAAGGACCUUCUUCACCUAAAAGUAAAACCAAAUACAGGUUGACCAAUGUGGCAGACAGAUCAAAGAGUUUGACGGACCACGCUGGUGUUAAGCUCGGACCGAAGCUUUCCGUAGAUGUCUGCACUCCCGCUGGGGUGGCAAAGAUGCUGAUCAAAGGCACUGAUAAGCUCAGCUCUAAAGACCUGAGGGAAGCCAUAUCUUGUGGCAGCACCGUUGUUCUCCAGAACCGGCAGAUGAAGGAAGCCUGCUUCAUGAAAAAGGUUCAACAAAACGUGAAGGACGAGCAAACCAACCAGCUCAGAUGGCAAGUCCAUCUCGGUAAGGACCCGGUGUCAGAGUUCACCCGGCGGCAGAUAGCAGAGGAGAGAGAGAUCGCGCUGCAUGAAUACAUGGUCAAAAGGGGAGAUGGACGGCACGAGGAAGACUUUGCUGCUGGGAAGCCUGAACUUUCCUCCAAACGAGUGUUGUGUGAAGCAGGACAGGCCUGCGAGGGAGGCCCAUCCUUCCAGUUCCACUCCAGUUUUCAGUGGGAGCUGAGACGAAGAGUCCUCAGACUGUUCCAGCAGGCGGCGCGCAAGAUGGUGAUCCGAUGUCGCAUGAACCGGAGACUGGCCUGUUUGAAGAACAACAUGUGGAACUUGCCCUUGGCAAAGAAAGUUGAAGACGAGUCGAGUUGUGAUCUGAAGAUCUCGCCAGACAAAGUUUUCCCUUUUGCUUUCCCUGUUUUUGCUGAUGAAAAUGACCCAUUGGCUCCCGGUAGUUUGAUGCCGAUGCCUGUGGAGCCUGUCGAUGUGACUGUGACAACAUGCGUUCCUUUCUUCAAGCUCCAAGUUCCCCAGCACUACAAGCUAAUGGGCUACCGGCCUGUGUCAGCUUGGGAGGCUUUUAACUCUUACACGCCCGCAACUCUGGCCCGACCACUUCGUACUGGAGCUCCGGACGAACUGGUGCCCGAUGAGGUCAGAGCGCGUUCAGUCGAGUACGAAGCACCGGAGGGACCGUCGCAUGAUGAGGAUGAUGAUGACGAGGGCGAAGUGAAGGUCGCCCAACUCUCCUUCACUGCCCCCGAAGCUCUACUAAGACCUUUUGCGGCAAACCCACUCCGAAUCUUUAACCCGGAUCCAGGCCUGCAGACCUACAAACCAACCCCUAAAUACCUGGAAAGUGACCCGGAAUUCCACCUCUGCCCUCUGCCACGGUACACAAUCCCCGAGAGCAACAUGUGUGGCAGAAGCACACAAACCCCACACACCCAGAAGCCGCUGGAUCACAAGGAAGUGAUUGCAGGGCUCAUGACAUGGAAGAAUUUUGAUUCGCCAACCUGCAAGUUUCUGUCCAAACGACCAGCUCUCACCAGUGGGUAUGCGCCUCUCAGGUCUAUCAACUACAGCACCGACACACUUCCACUCAUAGCACCUCCUCCUCUCCCCGGACCUCCUGACGAUCUGCCGCCACUAAUGGACACACAGUCCGAAGGCCCCGGCGUGCAACUAACCCCGGAGAUUAUCCGAGCAGAGUUCUUAUGUGCAGAAGCUCUGGUCUCCAAUAGCAACCUGACCAGCGGAACAACUGUCAGGCACCAGAGGGAGCUUCAGUUGGAGGCGACCUACAUGUCUGAGCUCAACCAGAUGGGGAAAAGAGUGAUGGCCAGGCUGAAGCACUAUGGAGUCACUGACACCACUACACCGGGAGAGGACUGUGAAUAGGCAACCCACCCCCCCCCCCCCCC